GCAAACACAUGACACGCUUUCGAAAUUUCAGCUUUCGAAAACUCGUUCCUAAAUACUUUUCCUACUUUUGUGAAAAUUCCCUUGAUUUUUGUCAAAAUAAGGAUCAUUCGCGAUGAAUGAUUCUUAUGCUGAAUAUAUAGCACAAGUAAAUGAGUUUACGAGGAAUUUCUGUAUGAAUCCUCAGCGAUAUCUCGCUGGUAAUCAGAGAGAUUUAUCCCAGCCGCUUCCUCCACCUGUACUCUCUGGUGAAGCAGUUCUACCAACCAGUACUUCUGUUCCUCAGCAAAUCGCGCAAACGAACAUGGUUCGCUCAAGUGAAGUACCACCUCAAUCUCUUCGACAGGAAAUUCAAUCAUUUACAUCGUCAGAGGUGCCCACUAGUAGUCAAGUUGCUGGAGUGAGAAACUCGUUCACACAAAGGCUUCUCCCAAUCCAAGAAUUGUCGAAUUCCGAAUCUGUCCCAGCCUUAGAUACUGCGCUUGUUCCUUCCAGUUCCACUUUGGCAGCUUCAUCACAACGUCGUCUUUCAUCUCAAUCAAUUCCUGUCCUGACACGCAAACUCGGUUCAGUUCAGCCUAAAGUGGAUGAAGCUCCAGCUGAAAUUAUAAGAGAAGUGAACAACUUAAAUAUUCAUCAUGGAGCCAACAAUCAGGGUGAAGUUCCGUCUUCCGAGUUGAACGCUGAUCUCGAUGGGGUUUUUGAAAUGGUCCAGCGUCAUCAGUUCCCGCGUCCAAGUGUAUUGAUUCCAGCAGAACAAAUUGAACAAAGUACAUGGCUUUCUGAGUCAAAUGAUGCUGCUAUUAACAUUUCUCAAAACAAUGACGUCAUCGAUCCAAAUAAAACAAUACCAUUCAUUGCCAGCGGAAAGAGUAUUGAAAACAUUGAUCUUCCAUAUCUUCCGGGUCAAACGGUUUUUCCUAACAUGUUCACUGAAUUAACUGCUCGUCUACGUUCCCAAGAGAGGGAAGAACUUCUCCGGCGAGAGUUGAAUGAACUUAGUAUGAAUCAAGGAACAUCAAAUCAGUUUGAUCAACAGCAAAUGAAUUCUCGUGUCAUUCCGAAUUCAAUGGGUACUCUAUGGGAAUCAUCAGAAACUGGUCAACAAGGUGGUACAUCUUCCUCGUCUACCGUCCAAGCAUUUCAACAAAUGAACCAAACAGAGUACUGCAAUUUGGCGACAGAUAUUCUUAUCAAUAUGGAUAACACAGAGCUGAAAAAUGUUACAGACGCUUACUUUGAGAGCAAUGUACGCACCAAGUUCAAGGCAACGUAUCCCUUCUUAGCAGAGGGAAUGAUCCAGAGAGAUAGUCAAUCGGAUCCCAAAAUGCUUCACGUGUACUCAUCACGUCUCGGUCAUAUUAGAAUUCCGGACACCCGCGCAGAUACAAAAGAUUAUGUCUACUUCAUGGUCAUUAAUCCAGGCGAAUAUGGAGGAUUUCGUUUCUUUGGGCAUCCAAAUUGUAUCAUUUCUGCAAAGCUUCCUGCUCCAAACAAAAUCAGUAUUAAAGGACGUGGAAUGCUUGUUCAUCCAAUUGGGCGCGAAGAUCAGACAAGCGAGAGAAGUUGGUUCAUUUGGAAUGAUUCACUUGGAUUGAUGGACGUUAUCAGUGGAUCGGCUCGAAUUGCUUUGAAGAAGUACACUUGCUGGGAUAAGCAACUUGAUAUUGUGAUUUUCCAAGCAUCGUUCGAAGACCGCAAGUUCCGUGUUGAUCAAAUCACGGUGAUAACGGAAAUGAACACCAAGAGGAGCACAUUCCCAGAGGAUGCCUUCUUGGUGGAUGAUGCCGUUUUCAAGCAAACUGGAACUGCUGAUGUGACAUUCCACUCGCAGAGCAUCAAAGCGGACAUUGUCAUCAAGAAAGCAUUGUUGGGGUCUUUCGAAGUGUCCAAAGCAAGCAACUUUGAGAUGGUGGUUGCACCAACCUUUCCGCAUUCCACCCAACUCGAAUUUCGAGGAAUGUUGCUGAUUGAUGUGCCAUCUAGGUUCUGGAGCAGAGAGAAAAUAUGGAUCAGAGACAUUCUGUCUACAAGAACCGAUGCUUGGCGUUGAAGGAGCCACAAUCCAAUUUCUGAAUGUCUCAUUUCCAACACUUGUAACAUUCACUAAAUAUCUUUCAUCCGAUUCCCCUACAUUUUUUUCGCUCCCGUAUUCGUUUCUCGAUACAUCUCUUAUAUUAUUUGUUCGCUUCUCGACAUGUUCCGAUAACCCCACUGUUAUUGUUUCCAAAUUUUUUCAUAUUAAUAUCAGACAUUUUAUAAUUUUUUUCGGAACAAAAAAUGUUUUCUUAUAACUCGAAAAAACGAAGAUCAAAAUGUGCAACUAGACAUUGAAAUGAC